UGUGCCAUCCACAAGUCCCAAGACCGAAGCACUACCAACCUUCCGCCUAACUAACCCAUCGGUCGUUUCGUUUGAGGGCAAGAAAUCUCCAGACCCAUUACAAUGGCGUCGAUUGUAAGCACGGCCGGAUUAACUUCUUGCGGUCACAGAAAACCUUCAAUGGAGGGUUUGAAACUGAGUAGCAGAAAAGCUAUGACCUUCGGGACCCAAUUGGCCUACCCUGUUUCCUCUUCUUCUGGUUGUGGUUAUAGCAGAAGGAUGAAGCCCAUGGUGGUGGUGAAAGCAGAGGCUCAACCCAUAAACCCUGAAAUUAGGAAGAGCGAGGAAAAGGUUGUGGACUCUGUUGUCGUCGGUGAACUCUCUAAGCCCCUCACAGUUUAUUGCAGGUGUUGGAGGUCAGGGACUUUCCCUCUGUGCGAUGGAAGCCAUGUAAAGCACAAUAAGGCUACUGGUGACAACGUUGGACCAUUGCUCCUCAAGAAGCAGUAAGCGGCAUUUCGAUGUUAGUAGAGGUGUUGUUUUGACUGUUUAUUUGAGAUCUGAACAGUAUGUGUAUUGUUAUAAUCGUCACAUUUCAAAUAACGUACGAGUUGUACCCUUUAUUUCACUCAUAUUGACUGACAGAAGCAUCCGUUAGUAUUAGAAUACUGGUCAACCAGAGCUCAUUGCUUUCAGACUCUGGAUGUUGAAUCUUGCACGCCUAAUUGGUUUUGCACUCCAUUUCUUGUGGAAUAAUAUGCACCUUCUUCUUGAAGUUUUUCUA